AAAAAAGAGAUUCAUCCCCCACAAAGCUUACACCGUCAAGAACAUCAUGUCCUCCUCUACUGAAUCCCCAGAUCGUAAUCGUCCUUUGGACGAUAACAAAGUUCUCGGUUACGACCCCCUCAUUCCACCUGCUUUACUUCGACAUGACCUUCCUGUUCCUCCCCUAGCUAAGAAAACUAUCUCUUCAGCUCGUAGAACUACUGCAUCUAUCGUACGUGGCACGGACCCUAUGGGGAGGUUGUUGGUGAUCGUCGGACCUUGUAGCAUACAUGAUGUGGAGCAGGCAAAGGAGUACGCUUCGAGGUUACGCAAGGGUGUGCAAGAGGGGAGGUGGCAAGGUUUGGAGGUCGUCAUGAGAGUUUACUUUGAAAAACCUCGGACGACAGUUGGAUGGAAAGGUCUGAUCAACGAUCCCGACAUUGACGGCAGUUUCAAAAUCAACAAAGGGCUGAGAAUGGCGAGGGAGCUUUUAUGCGAUAUUAACGCUAUGGGCAUGCCAGUGGGAUGCGAGCUGCUAGACACCAUCUCUCCCCAAUUCAUCGCUGAUCUCAUCACUUGGGGAGCUAUCGGCGCUCGCACCACCGAGUCUCAACUCCAUCGAGAGUUAGCAUCAGGUGCUUCGUUCCCUAUAGGGUUCAAAAAUGGCACAGACGGCUCGGUAAGCGUGGCUAUCGAUGCUAUGCAAAGCGCAUCACAUCCUCAUUGUUUCAUGGGUAUCAAUAGUCAGGGUAUGGCGAGUAUCGUCAAAACAUCUGGGAAUAGGGAUUGUCAUGUGAUUCUUCGUGGGGGAAGUGGAGGACCAAACUACUCGUCAGAACACGUCCAGGCGGCCUUGUCAGCGAUGAGGAAAAAGAAUCCUGAAAUCGACCCCUCCAUCAUGGUCGAUUGUUCGCAUGGAAACUCAUCGAAGAAUCAUUUGAACCAACCCAAGGUCGCCGCUGAUCUCGCUGCUCAGAUUGCUGCUGGUGAAACGGGGAUCGUGGGCAUCAUGUUCGAAAGUAACCUCAAGGGUGGAAAACAAAGUAGCGAUCUAGGCCGAGAAAACCUAGAAUACGGAGUAUCGAUCACUGACGCUUGUGUGGACUGGGAAAUGACGGUGGACAUGUUGGACGAUCUCAAUCGGGCAUCACUGGUCAGGAGAGAAGUCGUUGCUAAACGGGAAGCGAAUGGGCAUGGGACUACCAACGGUCAUGACGAGACCAAUGGUAUACCAACUAUCGUCAAGCUUAGAUCGGAGGCAUAG